ACAUAUUAUCUGAAACUGUUUAGUCAAUCACUUAAUAAAAAUGGCAUUCAAGCUCAUCGCUUUCGCUACCUGUUUGGCUGCUGCCCAAGCUGGCAUCAUUCCAGCAGCACCUCUGGCCUAUUCCACCCCCGUAGCAUAUGCUGCUCCCAUUGCCAAGGUAGCUGCUCCUUUGGCCUAUGCCGCCCCAGUAGCUAAAGCUGUUGUUUCUGAAGAAUACGACCCUCAUCCCCAGUACAACUACGCCUACGAUAUCCAAGACGGUUUGACUGGAGACAGCAAAAGCCAGCACGAAUCCCGUGACGGUGACGUAGUCCAAGGUAGCUACUCCCUCAUUGAUGCUGAUGGCUUCAAACGUACAGUCGAUUACACUGCUGAUCCAAUUCACGGAUUUAACGCUGUUGUCAACAGAGAACCUCUUGUCCAGAAAGCUGUUGUUGCCAAAGUUGCUGCUCCAGUUGCAUACGCAGCUCCAGUUGCUAAAAUCGCAGCUCCAUUUGCCUAUGCUCAACCCGCUAUCGCUAAAGUAGCAUACUCGGCUCCAGUAGCCCAAUACUAUCAUUAGGAGAUAUCGACCUGACUAUGUACAUAGAUAUUUAUUAAUAAAUUGUUGAAA